GCGUUGCUCCCUGCAGGAAGCGGUGACGGGCCAGGCCGGCCAGGUCGACGGUUCAGGCUCAGGUUUGGGAGCUUCGGUGCCCUUGGCAAAUGCCCUGGAAGUUGAGUACCACCGUGGAGCAGACUCAGUGUAUUUCCCAAAAAUUGGAGUUGUGGCUCUUCUCUGUCCGUCUCGGGCCCUUCCAGUGUUUCUGGCAGAGUACUCUCGACAGCUCGUUGGACAAUGA